GGCAUCGUCGUGGCACUUUUCGCAUGUAAACAAAUUUUGGACUUUCUGACAGUUCUGUUUCAGUCAACUGACAAGUGAAUGUCAUGAAGAGCACUGCAUUUCGGAAGAGAUUCAUGAAACAUCAGCAAUUAUGGAUUGAAGUUGUUGUCAGAAUUUCCUUGGUUAUUAGUUUUGUGUUGAUGGAAAAACUCCAGCCAUUUGAAAGGAAAAUACAUCCUGAUGAACUAUGGCUGUACAAAAACCCAGUGACUGAAAGUUAUGUUCCUUCUAAAAUGCUUUGGCCAAUUGUGGUGUUUGCCCCUUUAAUUGUGAUAUUUGUGAUGUAUUUCUUCAGACGGGAAGUGACCGAUGUGACACAGGCUCUUCUCUCUCUCACUCUUGCUUUAGGGAUCAACGGAAUAAUUACAGACAUUAUUAAAUUAACUGUUGGCAGACCACGUCCAGAUUUUUUCUGGCGAUGUUUUCCGGAUGGGCAUGCCAAUCCCGCCAUGCACUGUACGGGAGAUCCAUCUGUAAUAACUGAAGGAAGGAAAAGCUUUCCCAGUGGCCACUCCUCAUUUUCCUUUGCCAGUUUAGGUUUCAUCAGCCUAUACAUGGCAGGGAAAUUGGGCGUGUUCAACGUGAAAGGACGUGGGCAAAGCCUUCGUCUUUUAGUCUCCCUUUUACCUCUGCUCAUAGCCUUGACCGUCGCUCUCAGUAGGACAUGUGACUAUCAUCACCACUGGCAAGAUGUUCUCUGCGGCUCCUUAUUGGGAUUGUUCACCGCUUACUUUUGCUAUCGACAACAUUAUCCUUCUCUCGAUUCACCUGACGCUGACGUUCCUCUAGUUGUGUCCAAUCCCGUAUUGGACACUUCCAACACUGCCAGCGUACUGCCAUUUAAAACAGUGUGAUGUUAGGCAAGACCAGCCAAAGUUUUUCUUUGCGUCUAUAUUUACACGUCUAUACAUCGCCAAUUUUUUGUUUUGUCAGUGUCAAAAAUCGUGCAAACAGACACAAAACACAAUAUUCCUAGUAAAAUAUAAUUUAAAAUUGGAAAACGAAA